AUGCUUUUUGCUGUGGAGUCGAGGCCCAGCACUGGUGCCGUGGAUAGCCUCACCACCGCGGACGAGCUCAACACGACUGGAAAUACACUCACUCAACUGCAGAACUUCUUCGAACAGCACACCUUCGACACAUGUGGGCCGUAUUCGGAUCUUUUUUCCGUCUUGCUCUCCUGUUGCAAACAUCUUGUCGACACGAAUCUACACCACCAUGCAGCUCUCUUAAAACAGCGACGAGAGGUCACUCGCCUGGCCUCCGAGACGGAGGCGCUGUAUGACGUGACGGCUCGCUGUCAGGAAGGUAUUCAUGAGCUGAAAUUGUCGUCGCUGGAGCCUCACUUCUUGGGGCAGAAGAAGAAAAGCCCAUUGCGGUCAGAAGUUGUCUCACCUCACGCAUCCCGUGAAAGGGAUGAAAAAAUCAUUUGGGAUCGAUUGGAGGAACUUCAUGGGCUUAUCCACGAAACUCGGACGGCCGUGGUUGAGUUGCGCCGCCGACAGAAAGAAAUUGAAGAGCGUUUACUUGAAGAACGCCGUCAGAAAGAGGAAGGAUGUGAACGAGUGCGACAUUUAGAGGAAAUUGUGGAUGGGAUGAUGCGUCGAAUCUCGGCACAUUCCGAGCGCGUUGACAGGGAAUUCGCAACGCUGAAGGAUCUUUUAGCCGCUGCCGCUUCUUCCUCCUGCCCAGUAGAGCAAUUCUCUGAAAUAAAGCAGUAUACCGACAAAAAAGUGGGAUCAUUGAGAAACGAGUUGUUUACGGCACUGCAGGAAACUUAUUUGGAAAACGACAUGAUUGACGCAAAGUUGCUAACUAGUCAAUCAUUCAAAGGCUGCGCACCUGUUGUGGCAUCAAAUGCGAUAAGGGUAAGGGACAGCAGUGAUGGUAAAACUGACGCACGUCAUGAUACUUUUGCCUCUGGCUCUCGCCGGCUUGUGCCACGAACGUCAAGGUCGAUUUUUACACGAAUAGAGGAGAUGGAAAGUCGGUUAGAAGCCAUUGAGGUGUAUGCGCCACAUCGCUGUGCCAUGGCCGCUCGUCCUCCCUUGCUGGGGGUUGAACUGCGCGAUGAGAAGGGCGUUGGGGUUCGUAUAGUCAAAGUCUUCCACGGUUUUGGCGGUGAAGCUGCUGGAAUGAUGCCAGGCGAUGUUGUGGUCGCCGUAAAUGGCCAAGAGGUGUUGACACGGGCAGAGAUGUACGCUGUCAUGACAGAAUUUGUUAGGGAACAUCAGUCUAGAUGCCGUCUCUUGAAGGAAUUGUACUUCAAACAGCACGUCCAGCUGAAAAAAAAACCCAGUGGUCUAAUGAGUACACACCAUGAUUCCAGUCUCCCCGUUAUUGGUGAAGAGGCGCGAACAAACUCCGACCUCGAUAGUUGCUGGGAAAUUCUGCGGUUGGAACUGAAGUUUCAUCUGAAACGUGGCGACCUUCUGUUCGAGGUGGGUGUUGUCGUUGAAGCCAAUGAAGACGGUAUUUAA